AUGACCACAAACCCUAUCCAUUUGUAUCGCGCCCUCCUCAGGGAAUGCACCUACCUUCCCCUCCCACGAUGUCGCUCGUUCAUGAAGUCCUAUGUCACCGAGUCCUUCCGACGAUGGCUGCCCAAGUACACGGUCGGUCGAACGAACACAGGCAGGGAGAUUGACUUCCCGAAGCAAGUCCAGCUCCUGCAUCGCGGGCGAAAGGCGCUCUCCACUCUGCACCGGGCCAACGAAGGACACCUGGGACCACUGGAGAAGGUCUUGCGUCUGACCUACGGCCGCACCGGUCCACGGCGGCAUCAAUUGCUCAACAAGUUCCUGGCUGCCCCUCCUCCGCUGAAGGGUGUAAAUGAGGCAUCCUGCGUGGACUUAUCACCGUCCACCACCGACGGCGACGGCGACGGCGACAAUGUCACCAAGUACUCAAGAGCAUGGGAACCGCCGCUUCAGAUGCAAGCCCUGCUUGCCAGCCAAGCCGAACAGCAACAUCAGUUUGGGCGGGCGGGUACAAACCUGAAGGUCAAGGUGCGCUUCUCACCGCCCGAAAAGACGACCUGGGGCAAUCCACUGCCUGAGAGGAGAUACAAGAAUCUGAAGCACGAGUGGUAUCUGCAGAACCUCAAGGCUGUGCUGCCCCCUCUUCCCGAACCGGAGUACAGGGAGGUGUACAAUCUGACGACGGGCGCCUCCAAAUUCCCGGCUCUCAAACCCCGACGGCCCAGAGCUUCGGUGGCCCCGGACGUGGAACAGCGACAGGCGGCCGAGAAACAAUCGACGUUGAUUCUCAGCGGCCCUCAACCGGGGCCUCGGGCCAAGGAUGCCGUCAACGGCCGCCCGCAUAAGUUGAGGAUUCGCUUACUGCGCCGCAUCCUAGCACGCUCCGUGCUGAAGCAAACACCUUUGGCGAGGAUCGCCCAAUUGGAGAAGGUAAAGAGAGGAAUUGUCUUCAAGUGGGAUGAUGGGCAUUGGCAGGAUCAAGUCUCGCGCAACAUGCCCAAGGAGUCAAGCCAAAAACAAAUUGACAUGCUGUUUGGCUAA